AUGGAGUUCCUCUGUUUCUUCACUCUGCUUUUGCUUUCACAUUCUGUUGCGUUGAAUAUAACAGAGAAAAUGCAGACGGAAUGUGAAAUGUGCUUAGAAUGUGAGAAUCCAUGUGAUCAGCCACCACCAGCGCAAGAGAUACUCUGUCCUCCAACUCUUCCACCAGGACCACCACCUCCGCCGCCUGAGAUACUCUGUCCUCCACCUCUCCCACCACCUCCACCGCCUCAGUUUGAGAUUUUUUGUCCCCCACCACCACCGCCUUCUCCUCCUCCGCCACCCCCAUCACCGCCACCGCCUUGUACGCACUGCCCACUACCACUUCCACCACCGCAGCCGCCGAUUUGUGACGAAUGCGUUCAUAAUAAGCCGAGACCGCCGAUCAUUAUCACCGCAGCAGCAGCUUCACGGGAGGUUUCAGCUUCUAUAAGCUUAGCAACUGCUCUCGCCUUUCUCGUCUCUUCUCUGCUUCAUUAA